UAGGCCAGGGGGUUGGCGGUGCCGUGUCAUGGAGGCUCAGUCUCUGAGCAGCCAUUGAAGGGGAAGGAACUGCGGGUGUAUGUGUGUGUGCGUGUGCGUGUGUGUGUGUGUGAGUGAGUGCGUGCGUGUGAGUGCGCGCGCGAGUGUGUGGACGAGGAGGUGGGGGCAGCCGAGUUAGAGUCCCAACUCCUUGGACUCCAUUUGCUAUUCUCUUCUUUCUCCCCCACACCUAUCUGGUGGUGGUGGGCGUUUAUAUUUGCGUUUCUUUUCAUUCAUUUCCAAAUCUUUUACAGUUUGAGGGUUGGGGGUAGUAGGAAAGGCAGGACAGGGUAAGGGAGGAGAGUAAUAGCAGAAGAGCAGGAGGAGGACAUGGAGAUGAAGAAGAGGAUUAACCUGGAGUUAAGGAACAGAGCCCCGGAGGAGGUGACAGAGUUAGUCCUUGACAAUUGCUUGUGUGUCAAUGGGGAAAUUGAGGGCCUGAACGAUACAUUUAAAAAACUAGAGUUUCUGAGUAUGGCUAAUGUGGAGCUAAGUUCACUGGCCCGGCUGCCCAGCUUAAAUAAACUUCGAAAGUUGGAACUUAGUGACAAUAUAAUUUCUGGAGGCUUGGAAGUCCUGGCAGAGAAAUGUCCAAAUCUUACCUACCUCAACCUGAGUGGAAACAAAAUCAAAGAUCUCAGUACAGUAGAAGCUCUGCAAAAUCUGAAAAAUUUGAAAAGUCUUGACUUGUUUAACUGUGAGAUCACAAACCUGGAAGAUUAUAGAGAGAGUAUUUUUGAACUGCUGCAGCAAAUCACAUACUUAGAUGGAUUUGAUCAGGAGGAUAAUGAAGCACCAGACUCGGAAGAGGAGGAUGAUGAAGAUGGAGAUGAAGAUGAUGAAGAGGAAGAGGAAGAUGAAGCUGGUCCACCUGAAGGAUAUGAGGAAGAGGAGGAGGAGGAAGAGGAAGACGAGGACGAGGAUGAAGAUGAAGCAGGCUCAGAACUGGGAGAGGGAGUAGAGGAAGUGGGCCUCUCGUACUUAAUGAAAGAAGAAAUUCAGGAUGAAGAAGAUGAUGAUGACUAUGUUGAAGAAGGGGAAGAAGAAGAAGAGGAAGAGGAAGAAGAAGGUCUUCGAGGGGAAAAGAGGAAACGAGACGCUGAAGAUGACGGAGAGGAAGAAGAUGACUAGAUCAUUCUGAGACCAUAGUCCCUAUUUCCUGGGUGUGCAAUAGAGUGAUCACAUCUUUGUUUCUUCAUGUACGAUAGCUGUCCCUACAGAAGAUAACGUAACUUUUUAUAGGAAAAGUGUGGUUUUACUAUUUUUGCCUUAUCAUUCCAAAUAAGAUUUACUAGUCUGUUAAUGAUCAUAUUGUAUGUAGAGAAAAAUUUUCAUUGACCCCCCCCCAUCCCCAUUGUGAAAUUCCCUAGCAGUUUAUUUAGAAUCUUAAGUUUUCUAAUACAAGCUCACCGUAUUAGUCAUUUUAGCCCAUAAUUAAAACAUGAUCGCUUUUACACAGGUGUAGUAUGGUGCAUUUCAUUCAUAAGUUUUUAAAGUUAUUUAAGAAUUAACUGAAAUCACAGUCAGCUGGAAUAUGAAAUGAAGGUAGUCUCUUGAAUAAUAAGUUGUGUUUUUUUUGUUGUUUUUUUUAGCAGUGACCCAGAGAUCUUUAAUUUGAAGGCAAUGACUUUUUUUGGCUAAGGGUUGAUGUGACAAACAUGAGUAACUUGGAAAAUAGGAGCAGAAUAGUAAGGGUUCUAUUCAAAAAUAUAAUUCAUGGCUUUCGAGAAGCUUCUGAAAACCUAAGCCGGGUGACUAGGAUUUUACCUUGGAAGGAAAAAUUGGUUAUAAUAAGUUCAGAGAUGUGCAGGUGAGCCCUUUGUUCUUCAAGCUGAAGAUGAUGACAUGCUAACUAACAGUUGUUGUGUGUUUUUGUGUGUGCAUUUUUUGUUUGCCUCUCAGCAAUCCCUUUAAGGUCACCUUCCUUUCUCGUUUCACUCUCCUCCCUUUAUCUCAGAAAAAAGCUAGGAAACUUAUGGAUACCCAGGAAAGCCUUUAGUCUUAUACCUCAACCACCUUUUCAGACCUGUCUCAGUUUUGAACAAGCUAAGUGAAAGAAACUGAGUAUUUUCUGAGAUACGAAUAAUGUCAUCAGUAGAGUUUUAUGCAACAGACUGUUUACUGUAAAGCUUUCUUGGUUGACAAGAUGUAUAGACUGUAUUUGUAGGAUGAAGAAAGAAAAGAAGCACAGGGUCUUUUGGAAGCAGCAAUAGUGUUCCUCAAAAGUUAGAACAAUUGCCUGUUGAUAAUUAACAAGACAUUCAAAGUCAAAAUUUUAAGUUAGCUUCUCAAAUGAUUUAGAUACCAUUCUGUAAAAUAUUUCUAAUUUUUCUGAGUAGAACCUUUACCUAUUCUUCCUAUAGUCUUAAAGCAUUACCAGAUAUAGCAUUUGAUUGGAAUAUUUAUAGUGGGCAGUUGGAGAAAGAUUUGAAACUAAAUCCAUAUUAAAAUUAAGGUUUGUUUUCAAGUGGAUGCCCAUUAAAAAUAGAAAAAUAUUUGGGGUAAGUGUGAGUGUGUGUUUCUUUAUAUGGCUACUAGAUAUAAUAUGAGUAGACAAGUACAUCUCACUUUUUGUUGUGGAGGCUCCAUGUUCAAGGCAAUUGCUUUUUUAAUCUUGGCUCUAAAUUUUUUUCCAAAGUGGGAGUGGUUUUGAAUAUUUGUAAGUUUCUUAAAUUAGUGUCAGCAGAUGAUUUGAAGUUACAUUUCCACACUGGGACACAUUUAAAUCACUGAGUAUAGCACUUCUUUUUUAGUUUGAAAUGUAUGACUUGGGUUUUUAAAGUAAAAAUUAGAAAGUUAUUUGUGUAUAAACUAAAAAAAAAAAAAUUACACAGUUGACUGAAAUAAAACUCUUGGGAUAAGUUUAGUGGGAGGAUUGGAAUCUCCAAAUGGCUAACAUUUUAUUCCUUUUUAAUAAUUGAAAUGCCCUGUUUUAGUCCUGAAGAAUUCUCAUUGCAUUAGUAUGCCAGAUUAUAAAAUACUUAUUUUUAAACUUAAAUCUGUAUAUUGACUUUCUUAUCAAUCAUCUUAUUGUGCAAUCAAAAUUAGAGUUCUUUGGUUUGAAAACAACACUUAGAGCCUCCAAAUAACUUUUUAAGACUUAUUUAGCUUUGUGGGUGGUAUUUUCAUGCAAAUAAGUAAGGGUGGGUUGGGUUUUAUAUUUUGUAGAAGUUUUUGGUCCUAUUUUAAUGCUCUUUGUAUGGCAGUAUGUAUAUAGUGUGUUAAAUUCCUUAAAGCACUCCUCAAGAAAACUUUGAAGUUAAUACUUUCGUGCAACUGUGUUUUGAAUAAAGCCAUGACAGUGUUAAAAACAAACAAAAAAUGCAGUACUCCUGAUUAUUCUUUUAUUGUUUCUGACUGUUUCCUGUUUUUUCUGUGACUGCUGUAACUUAAAGUUUUUGAAACCGAAUUGCUUCAAAUAAAUUGAAGAUUUGUUGUUAAUGA